ACUAUUCUUAAGCUAUGUAUACAUAUCUAUGAGUAAUAACAGUUGAGAUUUGGCUUUGUCUAUCCAUCUUUUUCUGAUCCAGUAUUCCCUGAUACUUCUAAUAUCAAAUGAUAGGGAUAAGUCAAGAAAACUGAAGUUUUCCAUCAUUUUAAAAGAUCCCUCUAAAACCACCUAAAAACAAAAUGGUCAGCCUGAACUCUCAAAUCAUAUCCAAACUGUCCCCAGCAAUGGAAAACGCAUUAGCACAGUUUAGGAGCUAAUCAGGAACUUCAAGAAGUAGACAAGAAGGAAAUUAAUUAAUUAAAAAAAUAGUGGUUAGAGAGCCUCUUACUGUUUACAACUGAGAUAAAAGACCUGUGGAUCUCCAAUUAUUGAACUACAACCCUCAUCAUUCUUUGUCAAUAACCACAUUAUGGGUGGCUUCUGGAGACUGUAAUUAAGCAACCCAAAGAUUUCUAAUCCAUUUCCUAGAAUAUUUAAAGUUUGUUUGUUGGUUCUAGAUUGUCCUCAUAGAGGAAAACAGAUUUGUCUGGAAAUGAAACAUGUAAUUGAAGGGAGGAGUGGGUUGGUUCUAGAUUUUCUAGACAACUGGUUUGGUUGUGCAACUGGCAGGUGGCCGCUAUGUCCAAGUGGAGGUUAGCGGCUGCACCUUAUUCUGGGGAUCCUUAUUUGGUGAGUCUCUUUACCCAAUAUUGGUCGAGAACAAAGAUAAAAAGAAAGUCCUCCCCACGUCUGCCACCAAGCGCUCAGAACAACGGUCGCCACAGUAUUAUCGCAGACUGGUCUACUGCCCUCCAGAACAUGAGACCAUCUCAUAGGUACUACCAGCCUUGCUUGGAUAGAUAGGCAGAUAGGGGGUUAUACAGCGACAGACAGAGGUUUCAGCCUCAUUACCAAACCCAUUAUCAGUCUCAGGUCAGAAGGCCCUUUCGAGGGGGAGGCAGCCAUUCCUUCCGCAGAGGGAAGUGAUCCUUCAGGGGAUCCUCCAAUUGGCGGUUAUCUUGCCAUAUUCGCGGGAGGCUGGGAGGCGGUCACCAUGGAUGCAUGGGUAUUUAGCACAGUACGUGAAGGUCUCAGGCUUGAGUUCUCCUUCUCCCCCCCCUCCCCCCCAUUGCUUUAGGGAUUUCACCAUGUCCAAGGUCAGGGAAAAUUGUAAACAUAUGAGACAGGCCAUCACUCAUCUCCUUGACAUUCAGGCAAUAGAACUGGUCCCAGAAAUGGAGAAGGGGUCGGGGUUUUAUUCCAACCUCUUUGUAGUCCCAAAAGCACCAGCGGGUUGGAGAGCCAUACUAGACCUGAAGUCCCUCAACCAUCACUUGAUGUAUCGCAGAUUCAAGAUGUCAUCAUUGAAAUUGAUUUUAGCAGGCAUCAAGGAGGGCCACUACCUAGCGUCCAUUGACUUGACUAAAGUAUACCUGCACAUUUUGAUUUUCCUAACUCACAGGAAAUUUCUUAGAUUUUCAUACGCAGGUAUAUAUUACCAAUACAGAGCACUCCCAUUUGUUUUAGCAUCGGCGCCCUGGACCUUCCCAAAGGUAUUGGUUACAUUUACAUUUCAGAACCUUGCAAUGGGCCCUGAUUCCACUCCAGUGACAGGGCACCAGUGCAUCGGUGGCAUUGGUACAUGUUUCUCAGCAGGUUCUUCUGUGUCUGCAAUGGUGGCUGUCUCCAGCCCUAAGACUGGGAUCCGAGAUUUGGGAGCCACUUUGUCUAACACUAACCACAGAUGCCAGCCUUUAUGGUUGGGGGGGGCGGUGCUAGAGAACCAGUUAGUGCAGGACCUCCUCCACAACAUAAAUUGGUUAGAGCUCAAGGUGGCCUGCCAGCACUCAUCCACUUCAAGACCUGGCUCAAGGGCCAUCACAUGCUCUUGCUUACGGACAACAUGGUGGCAAAAGCCCAUGUAAAUCGGGACUCACUCAAAGUCCCAAUGGGUCGAGGCCCUGAGACUGGACACAUGGGCAGAGAGACACCUGGGAUCAAUUGUGGCAGAGCACAUCUCAGGAAUGGCGAACCUGCAGGCCGACUGGCUAAGCAGGGCCACUGUGGACCACGGGGAGUGGCAGUUGCAACCUGAGCUGUCCAGCAGAUUUGCCAUCAAUUCAGGAUGCCAGCAGUCAACCUCUUUGUGACACUGGCGAACACCCACUGCCACAAUUCGUCUCCUGAUUCCCAUCGCGCAGAACAGAGAAUGUAGAUGUAAUUUAUUGCCGUUGGCCAGCAGGCCUUCUCUACGCCUUCCCUCCCCUCCCUCUCCUCCCAGGGGUGAUCAGAAAACUAGAGACAGAAGGGGCAGAGGUAGUACUAAUGGCCCCACACUGGCCCAGGAGGGCAUGGUUUGUAGACCUCGUCCACCUGUCAAUCCCCCCCCCCCGUGGAGAAUUCCUCAGGAUCAGACCUUCUUAUGCCAGGGGGUCCUACUCCACCUGGAGCCCCAGUGGCUUCAGCUGACUGCCUGGCACUUGAAAGACAAAUCUUGAAGGCAGCCAAUAUCUCCUACAGGGGAAUUGCGACCAUCGAGGCAUCCAGGAGACCCUCGACAAUGCGCAUCUACAACACGACUUGGUCGGUGUUUGCUAGGUGGUGUGGAGGAAAGAUAAUCAACCCCAUAAUGGCAUCCCCUCCACAGAUCCUGAUGUUCCUGCAUGACAGUCUUGAGCGAGGCCUAGCACACAAAACCCUCAGGUGCCAAUUGGCCGCAAGUGACCAUGUGGGAGAUGGUCAUUCACCAUCCUUAGCCCACCAGCCACUCAUCAGUUUCUGAAAGGGCCCUCCAACCGGAGGCCCCCAGUGGUCCACAGAUUCCCUUCAUGGGAUCUCCCCAUGGUUCUUCAAGCUCUAGUGGGCGAACUGUUUGAACCAAUUAGGACCAUUCACUCUAGUUCCUGAUGCUUAAGGUGGCCUUCCUAGUGGCGGUCACCUCUGCCAGGUGAAUCUUGGAACUCGGAGCGCUGUCAUCACGUACUGACCUAUGCACCUUUCACGAAAACAGAGUGGUCCUCCAAUUAGACCCAACCUUUAUCCCAAAGGUCAAUUCUGUCUUUCACAGAUCCCAGGAGAUGGUCCUCCCAGACUUCUGCCCCAGGCCAUUUGGGAGAGAGCAUCAAUGGCAUAGAUUGGAUGUUGGUAGGGCCCUACAAAUCUACCUGAAAAAGACAGCCCUGUUCCGUAGGUCAGAGGCCCUCUUCAUUUCUUUUCAGCCUUCCUCCAUGGGAGCUAGAGUGUCCCCAGUCAUGAUCGGGAGGUGGUUGAGAGGGGCAAUUAUAAAGGCCUACGAGGCGCAACAUCUACCAGUCCCAGAGGGAAUCACUGCACAUUCCAUGAGAAGUGCAGCUACCUCUGCAGGACACCAGUGCACCAGUGCACCCCUAGAGGACAUCUACACAGUGGCGGCCUGGACCUUGCUUUUAUUCGGCACUAUCGGCUGGCCGCCUUUGCGUCCUUGGAUACAUCCUUCUGCCGCAGAGUGCUCCAGCAUGCUGUACACUCCCCUAGAUGGACAGAACAGUAUCAGUGAUCCACCCUUAGGACUUUAAUUCUGGUACGUCCCACUCCUGAGGCAUCCUGCUAGAUCCAUGGAGAACAUACAUUGUCUUACCUGAACAUUGUUUCUCAUGGAACAGCAGGACGGCUCAGGUCCCUCCCAAAAGUUGGAGCUGGCUGUUAGAUAGUUGAGUGGGGGAGGCUCCCUUGUUUGCCUUCCCUUAUUUGUUUCAGAUCCUGGAAGCUACGACCUCGUUAAACUGGGCCAAAAAGAAGAGAGUCAUAGCCACGGCUUCAGAAUUAUUGCCUCUUGACCAAUCAGGCCAUGGGAAUACCCACUCCUGAGCCGUCUUGCUGUUCCAUGAGAAACAACAUCCAGGUCCUGUAAGCAGUAUUUUGGUGAACAAAUAUGGCAGUAGGCCAAUCAUGAUUGCUGGAGGGAUUCUGGCUUCAUUUGGAAUGAUUGCCUCUUCGUUCUGCAACAGUGUCUUGCAACUUUACAUAUGUGUUGGUGUAAUUGGAGGUUUGGGUUUGGCUUUCAACUUGCAACCUGCCUUGACGAUGAUUGGCAAAUAUUUUUAUAAAAAGCGUCCCAUUGCUAAUGGACUGGCCAUGGCGGGAAGUCCUGUCUUUCUAAGUACUCUGGCACCCCUGAAUCAGUUUCUUUUUAAUGCUUUUGGAUGGAAAGGAAGUUUCCUCAUUCUGGGAGGACUUCUUUUAAAUUGCUGCGUGGCUGGGUCACUUAUGAGGCCUGUUGGACCAAAACCUGUGCAGGUUAUCAAAAAAGAUGUGGAAAAAGCAACUGAAGAUUCCACUUUGCACAAGAAUGACAAGAAAUCGGUCUGGCAAACCAUCAACAAAUACUUAGAUUUAACCCUCUUCAAACACAGAGGCUUCUUGAUUUAUUUGUCUGGAAAUGUUAUCAUGUUUCUUGGCUUCUUUGCCCCAAUUGUGUUCUUAGCUCCUUAUGCCAAGCAUAAAGGAAUUGAUGAAUAUUCAGCAGCUUUUUUACUCUCUAUCCUAGCUUUUGUAGAUAUGUUUGCCAGGCCAUCAAUGGGCUUAAUUGCAAACUCGAAAUACAUCCGGCCCAAAAUCCAGUACUUCUUUAGUUUUGCUGUUUUGUACAAUGGGGUCUGCCACAUCCUGUGCCCAUUGGCUGAAACCUAUACAGGCCUGGUUGUGUAUGCCGUACUUUUUGGACUUGCAUUUGGAAUGGUUAGCAGUGUCCUUUUUGAGACAUUGAUGGAUCUUGUUGGUGCACCAAGAUUCUCCAGUGCAGUAGGACUCGUCACAAUUGUGGAGUGCUGCCCUGUCCUUUUAGGCCCACCUAUGGGAGGUUUGCUUGUGGACAUAACCAAAGACUACAAAUAUAUGUAUUUUGUCUGUGGUAUAAUUGUUGUUGUUUCAAGCAUUUGGCUGUUCAUUGGAAAUGCAAUCAAUUAUAGACUUUUGGCAAAAGAGAAGAAAUUAGAAGAUGAAAGGCAGAAUGCCAUAAAGAAUGCCGAUUCCAAGGAAGUGGAGCCUUUGACCCAAAAAGAGAGUGAAGAAGUUCUCAACAGAUCCGGCAAAAUGCAAGACAGUCCUUCAGAAAGAGAAACAAAUAUUUAACAUAAAUAUACAUAUUUAUAAUGUUUAAAGUACAUGCCAGAUGUUUUGUAGUUAUUAUAAUCAAUUACAAUACUAAAUGGCAAUAGGCAUUUACAAAACCACAUGUAUUAUAAAACACAGUAUCACUGUUCUGUUCCUUCUAAAAAGAGAGAAGGGUACAGAAAGAGUCUUCCCAGAACUGCAUUAAAACGUUUUCCUCUUCCACCACACUGCCCUGGUAACAAUUGACUUAUUAUGUUAAAAUGUCUAGCUAUUCAUAGCUAGAUUAAACUUUUCUGUAUCUUGCCUUCAAGCAACCUGUACCUGUCCAGGAGUGCACAGUAAUUGCAACAAGGGAACAAUCUAUAGUGUUGUAUGAGAAAGGAGGAUUAUGCUGGAGUCUUUCAAAAAUCCAUUGUUUGUUCUGCUCUACAUUAAUUGGAGCAGGAUUUGGUAUAAAAUGGUAUUUUGUAUUGGUGUCAUGCAUUCUAGGGCUCCUGCAAAAUUUGAUACAAGUUGCUUAAACAUAAAUCCCAAACAGGGUAGUGUCAUGACAGUCAGGUCUUCCACUAACAAACCUUCUUGCUCCAACAAUGCCUCACCGAAAAAGUGC